AUGGCGGAGCCGAGCCCCGGCCCCGGCGAGGAGCAGCAGCCGCAGCCGGGCCCCGCGGGCAAGGAGGAAGCGGCACCGGCCCCUAAGAAGCGGCGGCUGGCCGCUGGGGAGCGGUACGUGCCGCCGCCGCGGAAGCUGAGCACGGGGGUGAGCUUCGGCGCCGCGCACUUCGCCGAGACCUCGUACUACUUCGAGGGGGGGCUGCGCAAGGUGCGGCCCUACUACUUCGACUUCCGCACCUACUGCAAGGGCCGCUGGGUGGGCCGCAGCCUCCUGCACGUCUUCAGCACCGAGUUCCGCGCUCAGCCCCUCGCCUACUACCGCGCCGCCGCCCGCGCCGGCCGCCUGCGCCUCAACGAGGAGCCUGUGCGGGACCUGGACGUCGUGCUCAAGAAUAACGAUUUCCUCAGGAACACCGUCCAUCGCCAUGAGCCACCAGUCACUGCUCAGCCCAUCCAGAUCCUGGCGGAGGACCAGGAGGUGGUGGUCGUGGACAAACCCUCCUCCCUGCCUGUACACCCCUGUGGCAGGUUCCGUCACAACACGGUCAUCUUCAUCCUGGGCAAGGAGCACGGGCUGCAGGAGCUGCACACCAUCCACCGCCUGGACCGCAUGACCUCGGGAGUGCUCAUGUUUGCCAAGACUGUGGAGGUGUCCAAGAGGAUUGAUGAGCAGGUUCGGGAGAGGCAGCUGGAGAAGGAGUACGUCUGCCGUGUGGUGGGGGAGUUCCCGGAGCACGAAGUGGUCUGUGAGGAGCCCAUCCGGUUGUUUCUUAACAAAGUGGGAGUGUGUCGUGUGGACCCCAAAGGGAAAUUCUGCAAAACCAUCUUCCAGAGGCUCAGUUACAACGGGAAGAGCAGCGUCGUCAAGUGUCUGCCCCACACGGGCCGCACGCACCAGAUCCGGGUCCAUUUGCAGUUCUUGGGGCACCCUAUAGUCAACGACCCCAUCUACAACAUGGAAGCCUGGGGCCCUGACAGGGGGAAGGGGGCAAGAUAGACAAAACAGAUGAAGAAGCUGCUCAAGGCACUGGUAGAGGAACAUCGUUCCAAACAGAGCCUGGAUAUCUUGGGUAUUAUGGAGGAGGACUUGAACUCUAAUGCUGAAAGUAAAGACUGUGGUGAUUCAAGUGACUGCGCAAAGCCUGUGCAGGCUGAUCCCAGCAGUGGGAAUUCCUGCCCUGCUGAAGAUGCUCAGGAUGCUGAGAGGGACACUCAGGAUGCUGGGAGAAAGGACACAGCAGCCUGUCCACUGAAGCUCUGAUGCAACCUGGAACCACUUGAAAGUAAAGAGCACAAUUCGUGUGAGAAUCAGGAUGGGGAAGUGGGAGAAAAAGUUCAGGAGAGAAGGACCCUCUGUGUUGUGGAGUGCAAGAUGAUAAGGCGGGACCCAUCUCCCAAGGAGCUGGUGAUGUACCUGCAUGCCCUGCGCUACAAGGGCACAGGGUUUGAGUACUGCUCCAGGAUGCCCGAGUGGGCAGCGGAAGACUGGAGGAAUGAGUGAGGAUGUGGGACCUCUAUGGACAUUUCUGGCCAGGAAAAGCAUCUUGUAAAGACCUAAGAUUUACUUUCCCAGUGUUGGUUGAGGUGAACAAACUGCCUGUGGCUUGAGGUGGGGUUGGGAAGGGCUGCUGGGGCUGCAGAACUGCCCUCAUGCUGUAGAGGGUGAGCACAAGGUGGGGCUACCAACACACCACUGGCUUUAUGUUGCCUAUUGGUGAACCAGCACUUCAGGGCAACAAACACAGCUCAGGCACGGGCAGCUUUGCCUUUCACCUCCAUGUAACCUGGGGCUGCUGCUGAUCAUCCACACAGAUACUAGUGCAUGCACUGAACAUCAGCACCUGAGUGUUCUUCUGGCCUCCUGUGUUCCUGUAUCUGACACCAUGAGCUGCUGGGCUGUUGUUUGAUGUGCUGGAUGUCAUACACAAAACUACUUGUACUGUAUUUUAUUGUCAGACUGAUUGUAAAACUCAAACCUUAUCACUGAGAACACCCUGAGGGAAAAGCAGAGCACUGUGAAGCUGAUCCAUCUGGUGCUGGCUGUCACCAAGGUGGACUUGGCUUUGGAAUUGCUCUUUCUGUACUCCUUUGGAUAAUUACUUAAAGUUAGUAACUCUAGGGAGGAUCUCUUUAUAUUGGGCCUGGUUUUGGAGGUGCUAAUCCCCAGAUUUGUCCUUAUGAGAUUUAUAAGGAGACUGGUUAAGAUGAUUUUUGCCUUUUUGCUACCUCCCCUGUGACCUGUCUCCUGCCUUCUCAAACACAUCUGGCUUCUCUUGAGAGCCUGUCCACCUCUGUCCCUCCCUGCAAACAUCUUCAUGCUUGAGCAACGAUCCAAAGUAGGGGUCAGGCUGCUGUUUUAUUUUAAUGUACUCCAGGCAGGAGAUGUGGAAUUUUUAAUAUCACUUCAAUGUGACAGCUUUGAAGAAAAACAAAAGCUGCUUUAUGAAGCAGAAGACUUCUUAAUAUACAUUUUAUAUUAAUAUGUGUCCAAGAUGAUAAAUAUCACUGUAGUUCUUACUUUCCUCAGUGUUCAUCUGGUUGCUUCUUGGCUUCUGGGGGGGGGUUUAUUUUGAUAAUUCUGCUGUCUCAGGUUCUUUUUAAUCUUUUUUCCCUCUUUUCCAUAUGUCACUGGGGUGACCUCAGCUCCAGUGAGUGCUGCAGACAAUCAGAACCUUUACUGUGUUGUUUCAGGACUGUUUGCAAGCUGGUUUCUAGCCCAUUGCUCCAUAUCCACCUCUCUCCACCCCUACUGGGGCACAAGCAUCUUGUUCUAUGCUUCUAAAAUAUUAAGCCUUUUGUAAAGGUGAAGAAAGGAAUCCAGAAGAGCUGAUGCUGUUCAUAUCGUGGAUAUCAACUGGAACAUGGCCCAGUCUUGGGGUGAGCUUUGAAAGUCCUCAGGAUCAGGACUUGUGUACCAAACCAGAAUAAACCCCUGCAUACCUCUUCCAAUAGCUCAGAGACACCAAAGUGGUUUUUUAACUCUCCUGGAUCAUCCAGCUGAUGUGUUGAGUAUUCCCAUAAGAGUUCACUCAGGCUUGAGCUUUGCUCUUCCACAUCUCACCAUGGCUCUCUUGUCGUUGUAAGUUAACCACAGAUGCUAUUUUAUUCUUGCUAUUGUGUGUUAAGGUGUAGCGCAGAGCUACAGGAGCUCAUUAAGCAAAGGGGAUAAAAAGCCCCCUGUGUUUGAGAGAUGACACCAAAAACUCAUCCAGCUUUUCCAUGCACUGGAAUCCAUAUUUCAUAUAACUGUAAGUGAAACUUGGGCACCUUCAGUGUAUAAAUAAGGGUCUCUGCUGCUAUAUAGCAGCUUUAGAUGAAGGGAAAACUAGUAAAUUUAGGGGCAACAGUUUUAAAUUAGACUUUGAGGUGUCCCAGGUUAUGUUAUCUGGGGGUUUUGAGUCUUUUUUUUUUUCCCUCUAAGAAACAAGCAUCUGCAAGGGAUUUUCCUGACUUGUGCCAGCAGAUGGAGCCUGGAUGGUUGAAGGCCUGGAGCUGUGUUCCCUUUCUCCAGCUGUGCAUAAUGGCUGCAAGUAACAGCUUUUAAUUACCAAACCUCGAUGGUAAAGAAACCCCGGGGUUUCAAUCUGCAAGAUACUUUGAGCAAUGAAAAUUAAGGUUGAUUUCCAUAAGGAGCCUCCCACCAAUUGCAUCUACCUCAUCUUCAGUUCAGAGCUGGUGUCCAGCCAAUAUACCCUGCAAACAUGCACACAAGAAGUGAGUAGUUGGUGUUUUGCUAAUAGGGAAAGUGUGACUGUUAGAGAUGAUGUGGUAAAUUGCCAUCUAAGAUUAGAUCUGAGAUAAAUACCCUGGUUGUGGGAUGAUUGUAGCACAAAGUUAUCUGUACAAAACAUAGGGUUAUCUGUACACAGAGUGUAGGUCCCAGAAGAAGCCCUCUCUCUAGUAGUUUUAUUUUGGUAAGUCUUUUCAUGCUACAGCAAAGGACUAGGAGAAUGUGCAUCUCACCAGCAGCUAAAGCACUUACCUGUACAAAUAAACCCUCCUGGCAAACCCUGCUGGGAAUUUUGCUGAGCUUUA